GUUGCUCUCUCUCAGCUGAGUUUUCACUGUCAGUGUUCAGUCUUCACUUCAGUGUUCGUCCAAAGUUCAUCAUUCAAUCACUUUACCGAGAAAGUUAAAUUUGUUUAGAAUUUUCCAGCAGUAUUCAUAGAAUAAUUCACGGUUAUUCCUCUGUUUAAUAUGGCUGGGGGGAGCCGUAAAUACGGGAAAAAAGAUGGAGAUCGUUAUGACGCGUCCAAGAAAAAAUUUGCUGGUAAAAAACGAAAGGAUUUUGAAGAUGAGAGUGCUUAUGAUGAAGGCAUACCGGAUGGAAAUGAAGCUGAGGGUGUGCCAGAAGCGGCAAAGCACUUCAUUGAAGUUGAAGGUGAAAGGCAAGGGGAAGAUGAAUAUGGAGCCAAAGAUUAUCGAGACUUGCAGCUUAAACCAGACCACAUGUCUAGACCAUUGUGGGUUGCUCCCAAUGGCCACAUCUUCCUGGAGUCAUUCUCACCAGUCUACAAACACGCUCACGACUUUCUGAUUGCAAUAAGUGAACCAGUUUGUCGUCCAGAACACAUACAUGAGUACAAGUUGACUUCUUACUCAUUGUAUGCUGCCGUCAGUGUCGGGCUGCAAACUCAUGACAUCAUAGAGUAUUUAAAGCGCUUAAGCAAAACUGCUGUCCCUGAUGGAAUUGUAGACUUCAUAAAGAUCUCAACACUCUCUUACGGCAAAGUCAAAUUAGUGUUGAAGCACAAUCGCUAUUUUGUUGAGUCUCAAUAUCCAGAUGUCAUCCAAAAAUUGUUGAAAGAUCCUGUAAUUCAAGAAUGCAGACUUCGUCACAGCGUGGAAUCUUCAACAGAUGGACUGAUCACUCAAGUUCAAUCAAAAGCAACGUCUAUUCAAUUUGGAAAACCUGGUACUUCAGGAGAGGAACCAGGAGAAGAAGGAAAGCAAGUGCCUGAUGACAUAUCGAAUUUUUACGACAAAAUGGACAAGGAUGAGGACGACGAAGAUGAUUCUUCUCUUCAAACGGUUGCAUUUGAAGUAAAUCAAGAAAAAAUUGAAGUCAUUCAAAAGCGAUGUAUUCAGCUAGAAUACCCUUUGUUAGCGGAAUAUGAUUUUCGUAACGACACUCAUAAUCAGGACAUAAACAUUGAUUUGAGACCUGCAGCUGUAUUGCGGCCUUACCAGGAAAAAAGCCUGCGAAAAAUGUUUGGCAAUGGUCGUGCUCGCUCUGGGCUCAUUGUUUUGCCUUGUGGAGCUGGUAAAAGUUUGGUUGGUGUGACAGCCUGUUGUACAGUUCGAAAAAGAGCUUUAGUUCUGUGCAAUUCUGGAGUUUCAGUCGAGCAGUGGAAAGCCCAGUUUAAGAUGUGGUCUACUGCUGACGAUAGUAUGAUCUGUCGUUUUACAUCUGAUGCAAAGGAUAAGCCUCAUGGAUGCAGCAUCAUGAUCACAACCUUUAACAUGAUAACACAUCAGCAAAAACGUUCGUAUGAGGCAGAUCAAACGAUGAAGUGGCUCCAGGAGCAGGAAUGGGGUAUUAUGGUGUUGGACGAGGUGCACACUAUUCCAGCUCGCAUGUUUCGUCGUGUUUUGACCAUUGUUCAAGCCCAUUGCAAGCUUGGUUUGACAGCUACUCUCGUCCGCGAAGAUGACAAGAUUGCAGACUUGAAUUUUUUGAUCGGACCAAAGCUGUACGAGGCUAAUUGGUUGGAGCUGCAAAAACGUGGAUUCAUUGCUCGAGUACAAUGCGCUGAAGUAUGGUGUCCUAUGAGCCCAGAAUUCUAUCGCGAGUAUCUGGCCUGUAAAUCCGCAAAGAAAAUGCUUCUCUUCGUAAUGAAUCCUAACAAGUUUAGAGCCUGUCAGUUUCUUAUUCGCUACCACGAGCGACGUAAUGACAAAAUCAUCGUUUUUUCGGAUAAUGUGUAUGCUCUUAAGCACUAUGCGCUUACCAUGAAUAAGCCAUUCAUUUACGGUCCAACAUCUCAGAACGAAAGGCUUCAAAUUCUACAAAAUUUCAAACUGAAUCCGAAGGUGAACACAAUUUUCGUCAGUAAGGUGGCUGAUACUUCCUUCGAUUUGCCUGAUGCCAACGUGCUUAUUCAAAUAUCCUCGCACGGUGGCUCUCGUCGUCAAGAAGCUCAACGUUUGGGGCGUAUUCUUCGAGCCAAGAAAGGUGCCAUUGCGGAGGAGUACAAUGCGUUCUUCUACACGCUGGUAUCGCAAGAUACAUUGGAAAUGAGCUUCUCUCGUAAACGUCAGCGAUUCUUGGUUAAUCAAGGAUACAGCUAUAAAGUCAUCACUCGCAUGGCGGGCAUGGAUCAAGACCAGGAAUUGAACUACAAGAGCAAGGAAGAGCAAGCCAACCUGCUACAAAUGGUUCUGACAGCAUCGGAUAUUGAUGCAGAUGAAGAGCGUGUACCCGGAGAAAUUGGAGGUCGGCCUGGUCCAUUUGGACGACGCGUUGGAACCAUGGCAUCAAUGAGCGGUGCCGAUGACGCAGUUUAUAUGGAAUAUAAACGCCCAUCAGCUUCAAAUAAUUUAUCCAAACACCCCCUUUUCAAGAAAUACCGCACCAAGUAAAGAUUUUCCAAGUCAUAAAAUGUGAUUACUAUAUCUCAAAAUUCAUGUUGAAUAAAUACAGAAACUGGUUUAAUA